UCCCAAAAACUGCCUUGGGGCACUCUAAAUUACAAUGCCACGGUGCAAAACAGUGGGAAGUCUCUACAGUAAGUCCUUCCGGGUUGUUCAGUGUCUCCUGUGGAAUUGUGCUGAUAAUUUAGAUCGAGAAAAUGCCGUGCAAAAUCGUUCUUCACUCGUUUUCCAAAUUAAUUCCUACAUCACGGAAAAUCUACCAGCAGAAAUUCUCGAGGACCUUAUGGAACGCCAAGAGGGUACAUCACACAUGUACUUUAUGUUCCUUCUACGUCCAGAUUGCCGGAAGUUCAAGGCCAAAAACAUCAUGCUCCCCUCAUCGUACUGGGAGACAAUCUUUGCCACCUACUUCCAGAAUCUUGUCAUGCUGAAUCUCUCACUCUCCUGUACGGAUUACAUUUUGCAAUUUGUCCCACGCUACUGCCCAAAUCUCGAAGUUCUCAAUGCCACCUGUCGCUACGAGAGGAUGCGUGUGGGACUCAAUGCAGCUGCCUUCUCACUCUCAGUCACCGAUGCAGGGCUAGAGCAUCUGUGUGAGUGCAAGAAGUUGCGGGUGCUCGUUGUCAAUGAACCCCGAAGUCAGUCGCGCUUUAUGCAAACCAGCAUCACAUAUUGUGGCUUGAGGAAGAUUCUGCGCUGUGUGAAGACCCUGGAGAAUAUUACGUACUCCGAUCUUGGGAGUGUCAUUGGGAAGGGUAUGGAGACCGUGGAUAGUCUCAAUUUGCGCAUUGUGCGACAUUUUAAUGGUACCGGCGAGACAGUUGGGGAGAUUUUGCGACUCUGCAGCAAAUUGGAGAAUCUCUCAUUGACAUUCUUCAACAAUACCAGCCAUGAGGAUGUCCUGCAGCAAAUUGAGAUGUUUAAACCACGUCUCACGGGGCUACAGAUAACAAAUUUCAAUUGCAACCCCUUCAUUGAGACCCUCUUCGGGGCUGUUGGGGAAUUCCUUCAGGUCCUCCAUAUUGCUGAGCAUCGCAAUGCCCUUCGUUUCCCCCAACUUGUGGCCAUUGGGCGACUCUGUCCGAACCUCAAGCACCUCACAAUUCUCAAUUACAACGAUGAUCGCCGGCAGGUGGGUCCUCCACCGGCAUUCAAUCAAUUCACCUGCUUGGAAUCCUUCGAAUUAGCCUGUACUGCCAUCAAUUUCACCCAUGUGAUGUUCUUCUGCCUCCGCAAUGCCCAGCACACCCUUCAGAGUCUCACAAUCACGCACCGAGAUCACGAUCGGAUCACUUUCAUCGAUGAAUUCUUCCUGAAAAAUUUCACAUUCCACAAUAUCAGCGAAAUUACCUUCUCCUCGUGCUACCGCUUCAGCCAAUCCGGCAUUGAGCAGCUAAUUCUGCGCUAUGAAACCCUUCAGCUACUCAAUGUCUACUGCCCAGAUGAUUGCUCGGAUAUUCACAAUUUUAUCCGCACCAACAACCUCGAUGUGAUCUUCAUCAAUAAACUCCACCAAAUGCUUGACUCAAGAGAACUUAAUUUCAAUUAAAUUUUCUUUAUUUGACAUUAUUUAAUAGGAAAAACUAAAAGAAAAACUUUUCCUCCUGGACAAAUUUACUGGCGCCACGUAGAAAAGGCAGAACUGCAAAGAAAAAUCGGAUUUUCUUAGGGCUCCAAAUCCUCUCUAAAAUGGAAGUUUUAAUUUCAACUUACCCGCCAAAUUGCAUUUUAGGCUGAUUUGCAUUAUUGUUCUGGGCCAAAUUUCCAAAAGUCAUUCCUGUGUCUGACGAACCGAGUGCCGCAAACAAGUUAUUCUGUUGCCCCGGCGGAGAUGAAAAGGCUAUAUAACAAAAGACAUUUUUUAAGGGAUAUUUUAAAGGACAUCUAAAUGCGAAGUAAAA